CUCAACAAAUCUCUCCUCUCACUCUCUCUCUCAGUCCAUUCAAUUAAGUUUCUCUUAAGCUACUUCUAUAGAGAGUCACUGCUAAUCAAUCAGUCAAAAGUAUCAUCAAUGGCAGUCUCAUCAAGAAUUGUAGCUUUGUCUAUGUCCUUGGUUCUUGUUAAUCUGAUUAUGUUGAGCAGCUUCUCAGAAGCCAAAGAUUUCAUGGUUGGAGGCAAAUCAAAUGGUUGGGAAAUCCCCUCAUCACUUAAAUCUCAACCACUGAAUCAAUGGGCUCAAUCUUCUCGUUUCCAGCUUGGGGAUUCUCUAGUGUGGAAUUACGAAACAGGGAAAGACUCAGUGUUGCAAGUGACAAGAGAGAACUACUUGAACUGUGUUUUGACAAAACCAAUUGCUGAAUACAAAGAUGGUAACAACACAAGAGUUGAGCUCACCAAAUCUGGUCCUUACUAUUUUAUCAGUGGAGCUAAAGGUCAUUGCGAGAAAGGACAGAAAUUGAUUGUUGUUGUCAUGGCACCAAGAAGUGCUGCACCUGCACCUUCACCAGUUGAUGCACCAGCUGUAUCUCCCACCAGUGGUGCUACUACUACUACUACUACUAUCAGCAGCAGCUCAAGAUUAUUAUUCAUCAUGGGUUUUGGAAUACUGGCUUUGAUGGUUUAAAAAUGAGAUCUUUUCUACAUGGAUGAUGAUGAUAUUGUUACAAAAUUCUAAAUUACAAGCAAGGGAAAUCUGGAUUUUCCUCUUUAUUAUUUAUUUAUUUAUUUAUUUAUCCUCUUCCUAAAUUAUGGGUUUGUGUCUGUUCAGUUGCAUAUAAAUCUAUGAAAUGCAUUCUAUUUAUUGAUUUUA